AUGACGGUCAACGGGGAGUUCAACCACGACAUGCGGCGCGUGCCUACGGGCGAAUUCAUGACUCCAUCCAGGAAGACUAACGGCGUCGGCGUCCAGGCAGAGGAUACAAAGAUAUGUGUCGUCAUGGUUGGGCUGCCGGCCAGAGGGAAGAGCCUCAUUGCGCAAAAAGCAGUCGUCCGCUACCUCCACUGGCUCUCCAUAAAAGCAAAGACCUUCAACGUUGGCCAAUACCGCCGCACAAACACACCCGCUCCGUCUGCCGACUUCUUCGACACAUCAAACACAGAGGGCGAGCGACUACGAAAAGCAGCGGCCGAAGCGGCAGUCAACGACAUGUGCAAGUGGUUUGCCGAAGGCCAAGGCCUGAUCGCGAUACUAGACGCCACGAACUCAACGAAGAAGCGGCGGCGUUGGAUACAAGAGCGCUGCGACGCCGAAGGAAUCGAAACGCUGUUCGUAGAGUCCAAGUGCGACGAUGAGGACACCAUCAUGAGCAACAUUCUGGAGGUGAAGACCACAUCGCCGGACUACGUUGGACAAGAUCCAGAGUCUGCGGCGCAGGACUUCCGCAACCGGAUACGCAACUACGAGCGGGUCUACCAGACGAUAGACGAGGACGAGUUCGACCUGACAUACGUCAAGCUCAUAGAUGUGGGGAAGCAUGUCAUCAUCAACCAGAUCCAAGACUACCUCCAGAGCCGGGUUGUCUACUACCUCAUGAACCUGCACAUAAGGCCUCGGUCCAUCUGGCUAUCGCGGCACGGCGAAUCCCAAUACAACCUCAACGGCAAAAUCGGCGGCGACGCCGAGCUCUCCGAGCGGGGCGAGAUGUACGCUCGCGCGCUCCCGGGCCUGGUGAAGCAAUCCGUGGGCGACGCGCGCAAACUGACCGUCUGGACCUCCACACUCCGCCGCACCAUCGCCACGGCGCGCUUCCUCGAGUUCGAAAAGCUGGAAUGGAAAGCCCUCGACGAGCUCGACUCCGGCGUCUGCGACGGGCUCACCUACGCCGAGAUCGAAGAGCGCUACCCCGACGACUUCAAGCAGCGCGACGAGGACAAGUACAACUACCGCUACCUGGGCGGGGAGUCGUACCGGGACGUCGUCAUCCGGCUCGAGCCGAUCAUCAUGGAGUUGGAGCGGAGCGAGAACAUCCUCAUUGUGACGCAUCAGGCGAUUCUGCGGUGUAUCUAUGCCUACUUUAUGAACGUGCCGCAGGAGAGGAGUCCGUGGAUGGAGGUGCCGCUGCAUACGCUUAUUAAGUUGACGCCCAAGGCGUAUAGCACCCAGGAGGAACGGCUGAGGGCGGAUAUUCCGGCGGUCAGCACGUUCAGGGAGAAGGGGAGCAGUGCGAAACAUCAGGAGGCGGCGUAG